GUUCCACGGCGCGCUUUUUCUCUAUUGCAUUUCACAGCGCAAGGGAAGGGAAAGCAAUAGUGUGUUCUGGAAGAGACGGGAACAGAGACGGCGAAUGGCAUCGUCGCCGAUGUCGAUAGGCAAUGACGAGUCAGAGGUGAGGAAGAAGAGGUUAUUGGGAUUUGGGUUCUGGAUUCAGGGAUUCCGAUGCUUCCCGUGGAUGGCUGUCAAUUACUUCCUCAAGGAUGGUCUUGGCAUUGCUCCUUCCACCCUCCAGAUCCUCCAGAACACUGCUAACCUCCCCAUGGUUGGCAAGCCUCUCUAUGGUGUCAUCUCUGACGCUGUCUAUAUUCGUGGGCAGCACCGGCUCCCGUACAUCAUCCUCGGAGGAUUUCUCCAAGCAAUAUCUUGGCUGUCCAUUGCCUUCCUCUCUCAAUCUGGUUCCUCUUCCAUUGUUAUCAUCUCUCUCCUACUACUCCUUAGCAACCUUGGUGCCUCCAUUGUUGAAGUUGCCAAUGAUGCCAUUGUUGCUGAGUCUGGGAAACAGGUUUCUCAAGACAAAAAGUCCCGUUCUGGGGAGCUACAGUCUUUUGUCUGCAUGGCUGCUGCUGUUGGUGGCAUCUUAGGGAACCUCCUUGGCGGUAUGGCCUUGAACCAGCUUUCACCAAAAACCAUGUUUCUCAUCUUUGGACUCCUUGUAACUUUUCAGUUGAUUGCCACACUGACCAUUCAUGAAAAUUCCCUGAAUUUACCUCAUAAUAUGAGCACCGGCAUUCACAGCCAGCUCUCCAGUCUCAUCGCUGCUCUAAGAAGGCCUGAUAUAGCCUACACCAUUAUCUGGCUCUUCAUGUCCCUGGCCAUUGUGCCUCUCCUCACUGGCAGCAUGUUCUUUUAUCAGACUGAAUACCUCAAUCUCGAUUCUUCAGUAAUUGGGAUCUCCAAGGUUGUUGGUCAGGUGGCGCUUUUGGUAUGGAGUGUGAUCUAUGAUAGCAAGCUGAAGGCAGUCUCCAUCAGAAAGGUGGUCAAACACCUGCAGUUUAUGACGGCAGUUUGCAUAUUAUCAGAUGUGCUGUUUGUUAAGAGAUUCUACUGGCGUCUUGGAUUGCCUGAUUCUAUCUAUGUUUCUGUGUUCUCAGGAAUCUUAGAAGUCCUUUUCCAGUUCAAGUUGCUUCCUCUGUGUGUGCUGCUUGCACAGCUCUGUCCUCCCGGCUGUGAGGGUUCUCUAAUGGCGUUUGUGAUGUCUGCCAUAGCUUUGGCAAUGAUAGUAAGUGGAUUCCUUGGAGUUGUUCUUGCUUCUUGGAUUGGGAUAGGUGCGGAUGAAUUUGGAGGCCUGCCUCUUGGGAUCCUUGUUCAGGCUGCUUGUACCUUAGCACCUGUGUAUUGGUCAUCAUGGGUAGCAGAGCCUGGAAAACAGGCUGUUGAAAAGGAAGAUUAAGUUGAUUAAUGGAUACCUAAUAAUAAUAGUUUGAUUGAUCUGGUUCAGGGCGGUUUGGUGUACAGGCCUUUCACAGGCAAUAUCGUUCCUUAGUUGGUUGCUGCCAGCUGUUUUACUAGAAUUCGUUUGAUUAACAUAUUCAAUGAAGCUAGGCAGAUACCUUAUCGAAAGUAAUACUUGACGCAAAUCGAUUUUCAUAUAUGUCACAGGCGGCAUUGCACAUUUUUGGAAGCUAAAGCAGCAACUCGAAAGUUUCCAUCUUCUUGAGUUAUUUUUUCUUGUUUGAACUAGGUGAAAUGAGCACACUGUGAACUGUGUAUACCAGGAUUGUCUUCUGUUAAAGUUUAAUGUAUCUGUUCCUAUAACAUUGAGCUGAA